AUGAUAGGCGUCACCCCCUUUGUGCAGCGACACAUCCUAUACGCUCACAAAUUAUAUCAAUGGUGGCAGAACUCUGAUUUGCCCCAGAACUGGGGCUUCGCUCGGAACCAAGUCACCUCGUUCCACCUUCCGACGGAAGAUGGCGAGUCAAUCCACGCUUGGCACGUCCUGCCUCUCCCCGCGUAUCGCCAGCACCAAGAGGUCCUCGAGAUACAGCCGACCGGUCACUGCGACGAUGUCACAACUUCGGAAUCGCUUCGUAUCCUCAAGAAUGACCCCUCGGCCAAGCUGAUUGUUUACCUUCACGGCAAUGCCGGCCAUCUCCCGAGCGUUGUUCGCGCGCCGUCUUUCCACAUGUACACGGCCACCAGCAACUACCACGUCCUCGCCAUUGACUACCGUGGCUUCGGCACCUCCACGGGGAGCCCCACAGAAGACGGCCUUAUCCUGGAUGCUUAUGCGGCUCUCCACUUUGCUCUCGACACGGCAGGACUCUCUCCCGACCGCAUCAUCAUUUUGGGCCACAGUCUGGGCUCUGCCGUGGCUGCUGGUGCUGCGGAGCGCUACGCAAGGGUCCACGGCAUUGACUUUGCCGGGCUGAUCAUGGUCGCAAGCUUCAGCAACCUGUCGGACAUGCUUUCGGGCUAUGCUAUCGCCGGCCUCGUCCCCAUCUUGAAACCCCUACGCUCCUAUCCGCGUGUCCUGCGCCUGAUCCUUGGCUGCCUCGUGGACCACUGGGAGUCGGCCAAGCGUCUCCGCAACAUGGUCAGCAUUGUGCAUCGCAGCAACACCGAGGACGACAGGGACAAGAAGGGCAAGAAGGGCAAGAACGGGCCAAGCGACAAUCUGCGCCGGCACCUCCAGAUCAGCUUGAUCCACGCAGCCGACGACAAUGACAUUCCGUGUAUAGAAGACGACAGGAUGUUUGCGACCGCCAUUCUCCCGCUUAUCCCCACCGAGAAUGGUGAGGAAGUGACACCUGCCGAGCUCAUAACGCUCAAAGAGAAGCGGACCAAGCACUUGGGCAAGGGCGCAUUCGUGUCCGAGUGGCGGGAGGGCGAUGUGUGCAUCCGGCAGGAGCGCUUUCCACACGGUGGCCACAAUAACAUAGUGCUGCACCCACCCGUCCUGCUCGAAAUGAUGCGCAUCUUUGAAGAGGCAGCCCGGCGUCGCAAAUGA